AUCCCUCAUCGACUCGACGAGGAGGACCAACCCCGUGCAGCGGUCUUAUCGCCAAGGGGGAAGCACAAAUCAGCCAAGUCUUAUCCACGUUGGACGAAGUGCGCAGUACUCCACCUCCUCUCUCUACUAGCCCAAGGAUAAAAGAAGCACUUGUUCCCACAGGAACCCAGCUUACUUGCUAGACAGCAACAAGCGCGCCGCAAAUCGAAAACGUCCUUCUAACCACGCCAAAUGAACCCACCACCAUCUCUCAAAGAUAUGUCGCAUUCAGGGACCGCCUCGAUCGCACAACCCGCUGUGUUUAUCCCUGGUCCUGACGGCAUGCCUAUAUCUACUCCUGUGCCCGUCUUCGGCACGAAAGAUUCCACCACUACUGUUUCAGCGAUUGAUCUUGUAGCGUCUGAGAAGACCCUUGUCGGUCUCCCGCAUAAAGAUGACAAACCCGGCGAUACAACGACGAGCGAUGCUAACGAGAAAGAACACCUGGAAAGCUUGACUGAGCCUGAUGGAUCUAGUGAACUCGGCAAUGUUGUAUCCAUUGAGGCAUCCGCGCCCAUGACGUUCCCCGACGGUGGUUUCGGAUGGGCGGUCGUAUUUGGAGCUUUCAUGAUUCAGUUCUGGUAAGGAGACCUCAAAAGUUUUUGACACAAAGAGAGGC